AUGGCAGAGGGCUCCGCGCUGGGACGUUCACCGAGGCGCCAGACAAAAACGGUCACCUUCGACAAGGUCACGGUUUAUGAAUUUCCACGGGCACAAGGCUUUGCUUCGGUUCCCACUGAGGGAGGCAUGACCCUAGGUUUAGGCUUCAGGCACGUGGAAGAAUACUCAGUCCUCAUUCGUCAACAUGUCGACCAGCCAAGACUGCGUUUUGGUGCUGAACAGUCCGGCGAUAUCACAGCUGUACAGGCUGUCCUGAAAGACGGCAUGACCUCUAGUUACCCAACGCCAUGUCACAGCGAUGAGCCAAAGGAGGUCGCUGUUGAGAGAAAUAGCCAGGAUGGACAGCAGCAGUUGAAGCCCUUGCCAUGGCAUUGUCGCCGCAAGCUGCUUCUGGACAGUGGCGUCAGGAAGAUUGAUUCUUCUGAAGCCAAAGAGUGCCGAUACAUCAGGGCGUCGCGGAAACGCUGCGGCUGUGAGUGCCAAGGCCAGUGCCUCCGAGAGGCUUGUUCGUGCUUCCUGAACGGCAUACCCUGUCAGGUCGAGAAUGCGUCAUUUCCUUGCAGCUGCAGGGAACAGGCAUGCGAAAAUCCGUGUGGCCGUCGUCAAUACAGUCCCGAUCUCGCUCACGAGCACUACAGGCACACAAUUACGCGCCUCGAAGCAGAGCAGGCUGCUGAAGAAUUGUCGCUCUUGGGUUUGAGACUCGAAGAAGCGAUAAAAGACACAAAGCAAGACGACUUCCAUGGUCUGGACAAGCUGUCGGAGGACUUCGAAGAGGGCCUGCUCGUUGACAGAAGCUUCGUAAUGUGGGAGCCACUAGCCGUCGUUCCUCUAGUUUCAGUCUUGGACGCUUUUGCCAUUAUUUCUAGUCGGCAACAGCGAAGUCUCAGUGCCCAGUUCACCCACACAGACCACUAG